UAACGAAAUUUGAGUUCUUCAUACUAGUCGGUUAUUAUUACUUAUACAAUAUUCCCUGUUCGCCCUAACCCGUUGCAACCCUCCAUCACCGCCGCAACUCGCCGUCUAAGUGUUUUCCGAAAGUCUUCGUUCGUCAAUUCUCGCCGUCGAACUCUCCGCCUCCUCCCAUCUAGUUACAUGGAGGAUUCAGAGCAAAGAAAGAAACGGCUUAAAGAAAUGCGAUUAGAAGCUGAUCUUGCUGAAGAUUCUGGUGGUGGUGGUGGUGCUGCUGAAGGUUCUGGAAUACCUAGUUUACUUUCAAAUCCUUUGGCUGAAGAAGCUCCUUCAAAUAUGCUAUCACAGAAUAAAUCAUAUGCUGCUCCACGAUUUAAUUACUAUACAGAUCCAAUGAAUGCAUUCUCUUCUGAUAAAAGGAGCAGUGUCAAUGUCCAUCCUAGGCCCGAUUAUUUACCUCCGAUGCCGUAUUUUUCUUCGCCACACCUAGAAUCAACAAAUCGGCAGAUGCCUCCCUCUCCGACUCAAGCAUUGCCAACAUCCUAUAGAAACCCAGUUUGGAAUGGACCCAGAGGCCCUCCUCAGUAUAACUUUCCGUUCCGUCCAUCAGGUGGUGGUAUUUAUCCAAGUCCUAGGUUUGAAUCACCCAGCUGUCCUUCAUUCAACUCUGCACCAGUGAUGAAUCACUGGCCCAACCAGAAUCCAAAUCCUGCUCCAGCAUACAUGAACAAUCCUCACUUUAGUCAAGGACGAGGCAGGGGCUUCUGGAACAACAACACCAGAAGUCCUGAUUCAGGACGUGGUCGUGGACGAGGAUCAAGUUCUCAUGGUCGCUGGUCGAAUGAAGACAGAGGUCAUGUUCCAAAUCGAUUUUACAAGAUGUCAAUGGUUGAAGAUCCAUGGAAGUUUCUGAAACCGAUUAUAUGGAAUUCAACAUACUCUUCUUAUUCAAAUACUGCAUAUACACCUGAAAAUUCAAAACCGUGGAUUCCUUCAAAAUCAACAAGUACUAAACAGGAGGAAUCACCUGCUGUUUUUAGCAAGGUCAGUUCUGGACCAAGCCUUGCUGAGUACUUGGCUUCCGCACUCAAUGAAGCCUCCAGCACUGAAGAAAAUGUAUGAUAACUGCAUUCGAUGCCUUGGACUCAGUUAUGUUGGGUAGUGUAUGCAAUUUAUACAUCAAACACCCAGGAAAUGUGUUCAGGUUACUAACAGGAAUUAUUAGUUGUUGUCCAAUUAUAUUAGUGCCGACACAAGGUCCAUGCAUGAUCUGGGUAGAUACAGUUAAAAUUGUCUAACCACAUUUUGAGCACUGUGGUGGUUGAUUGACAUUUACUCUUUCUAGAAUGAAAUAUAAGCAAAACAUGGGAGUUGAAAAGUUAAUGUAUCUAGUCUAAAUUUUAGACCAAAAAAUACAUUAACUUCUCAACUAAUCCUGUUGCUUAUAUUUUAUUUCGGAGGGAGCAAAUGCUUUGGGAUAAGUGGCAUACUGAACUUGAGAGACAAUAAGCAUUUAAUGGCCUUUCAGAGUAGGCUGCAAAAUUGAAUGGUUUUAUGUAUAUUAGAACUGUGAUUUUUCACACAGCAUUACUAGAACAUUGUAUUUAUGUCUUUAAUAUUAUAGCCUUUGUUUAGGAUUUGGGCUACUCCAGGCACCCACUUUCAAGGCACUUAUUGAAAGGUUUUUUUUUAUUUUAUAGAACUGUCAUUUUUCA